AUGGCGCCUGUACCAUGUGCCCUCUGUAAGACGGAGCGGGCUCUUAUCAAGCGGCCAAAGAACCACAUGAAGCUCUGCAAGAAGUGUUUCAUCCAGGUUUUCGAGGACGAAGUUCAUCACACCAUCACAUCUUCAAAUUUGUUCUACCCCGGAGAGAGGGUAGCCAUCGGUGCAUCAGGUGGCAAAGACUCAACUGUGCUGGCAUCAGUCCUGAAGACAUUAAAUGAACGUCACAACUACGGACUGGACCUGGUGUUGUUGAGCGUGGACGAGGGUAUUAAGGGCUACCGAGACGAUUCCCUCGAGACGGUCAAGCGAAACUCAGAGCAGUACGAGAUGCCUCUGAAGAUCGUGGGCUACGGCGAGCUCUAUGGCUGGACGAUGGACCAGGUCGUCGAGACGAUCGGGAAGAAGGGCAACUGCACCUACUGCGGUGUGUUUCGACGGCAGGCUUUGGAUCGAGGCGCUAAGAUGCUGGAGAUCAGACAUGUCGUCACCGGCCACAACGCCGACGAUGUCGCCGAGACUGUACUCAUGAACCUGCUCAGAGGCGACUUGCCUCGGCUGUCACGGGCAACGCACAUCGUUACCGGGGACUCGAACUCGGACGUCAAGCGGAGCAAGCCACUCAAGUACUCAUACGAGAAGGAGAUCGUGUUGUAUGCACAUCACAAGAAGCUCGAUUACUUCACCACAGAGUGCAUUUACAGCCCAGAGGCCUUCAGGGGAAGUGCAAGGAGUUUGAUCAAGAACCUCGAGAAAGUGCGGCCGAGCGCGAUUCUGGAUAUUGUCCGCAGUGGUGAGGACAUGGCCCGCCUAGUGCCUGGAAAGCAACCAGGCAAGUGCGCCUGCAACGGAAAGCCACGUCCUGCUACAACGCCCGCCGAGGAGGAUGAAGGUGUCGGAGGGUGCGGAUCUGGCAAUGGCCGCAGUACAGGGAAUGAGAUGGCCGCAAUGGAAGCUCAAUUAAGGAGUAACGAAUCAUCGACGGGGCUUGAGACCGACGUAACUGCUGCGGUGCCUCUUAAGACUCGGCCAAACGGGUCGAAAGAGCUGCCAAUACGAACUACCAACCCUACAAAUAAGCCUGGAGUAGCAAGACAGGUGCUUGGAAGAUCAUAA